AGACGACCAAGAUGUAUUUCCCAACGCUCUUCUGCGCCCUCACAACCCUUACCAUCGCCGCCGCUGUCCCCGUCGCAGCGGGAAGCUCAAUGACUACGCCUACUCCCACACAAGCCAUCGUGGAUCCGUCGGAGGCUUACCCCGUGGAUUACCCUUGGAUGACACCAGUGGGUGCGUACCAGUGCCCACAAGAGCAGGUCAAGCGAUGCUGCAUGUCUCUUGAACAGACAUCACGCAUGCUCAUCGACGGCGUUGGAGAACUUUUUCCGGUUGUGAAUGGCCUCUCUAUUAGCUCGCAGAUCUCGUUCCAUUGCAAGGAUAUGGCCGAUGGCGUUGACCCUAACACGUGUAACCAGAAGGGAUAUGCCCCGAUGUGCUGCAAUUCCGGGGGCGGAAGUACCGGAGCCGAUGGUUGCAAGCCCUUUGAAGAAGUCAAGGAGAAGUACUACAAGUCCUUCGGAUACAACAAGGACGACCAGUCUCAAGCAGACUAUAUCAUGGAGGCGGUCUCAUAAUUGAAGAGAUCUUUUUCAGCACUGGAUGCUGCGAUCGUAUUCUCCUGGAUUGCCUAGACGUAUCUUUGGGUUGGAGAUACUUCUUUCGUCGGGGAAGUACAAGAUGGUAUUGACGGUCUAUUUUGUUUUUUUGUCCCUUCACUGAAUAUUAGUCUGGCA